UAACCAAAAUCAUGCUACUCUUAGCAGACAAUCCCACAGCAGUCGAUUCGCUACGAGAAGAAAUAUUGUGUGUCUUGAAACAAGAAGGGUGGCGCAAAUCGACCUUCCAAAACCUGAGGCUGGUCGACAGUGCACUCAAAGAAGUCCAGAGAAUGAUGCCCAACGACCGAAUUACCAUGAGACGCUUCGCCUUAAAGGACGUGCACAUACGAGACGAGAACCUUACCAUCCGCAAAGGCCAGUACAUCACAGUCGACGCUACUCGAACCGAAGAUCCCACUCUGCACGAACAUCCAGAGAAGUUCGACAUCUACCGCUGGAUCCGCAUGGGGGAGACACCGGAAUACGAGAAGAAGGCGCAAUUCGUCAACACGAGCUCGGAGCAUUUGAUCUUUGGACACGGCAUCCACGCCUGUCCGGGGCGGUUCUUCGCAUCGAAUACCCUGAAGAUUGCAUUGUGUCACCUCCUGUUGAAGUAUGACUGGGAGUUGGCUCCUGGGACAACUACCGAACUGCCCACUUUCGGCACUGCGAACGUUGUGGAUCUGACAAAGGCUUUCAGAUUCAAGAGAAGGGAGGCGGAAAUCGAUCUGGAAUCUCUGGACUUUGAUUAG